GGUGAGGCGCUGGCUGCCCGGGCAGGAAGGGAUGACGCGACCCCGAAGUGCUCGCGAGGUGUAGGGUGCCCCGGCUGUCGGGCCAGGCCUGCUUGGGGCCCGGGACUGGCCCGGUGGGCAGGGCCUUUGGCGGGGGCGGGGGGCUGGAGUGGAGGGAGAGCGUGCCGCGCCCUGCCCGGCCCAGGUGUCGUCUGCGGGGGCGGAGUUUGGGAACCGGGCCGUGGGAGAUUCCAGGCCGGACUAGCUGGCGGCAGUAGAGGGACAGAAACCUACGAGACAAGGCAGGGCCGGGCGGCGCGGGGAGUGCAGAGGGCAGGCAAAGGCGUGGGACCGCCAGCAUGUUCUCCCGAAACCACCGGAGCCGGGUCACCGUGGCCAGGGGCUCCGCCCUGGAGAUGGAGUUCAAACGCGGCCGCUUCCGACUCAGCCUCUUCUGCGACCCACCGGAGGACACAGAGUUGCAAAGAAAGCUAGACCAUGAGAUCCGGAUGAGGGAAGGGGCCUGCAAGCUGCUGGCGGCCUGCUCCCAGCGAGAGCAGGCUCUGGAGGCCACCAAGAGCCUGCUGGUGUGCAACAGCCGCAUCCUCAGCUACAUGGGCGAGCUGCAGCGGCGCAAGGAGGCGCAGGUGCUGAGGAAGACAGGCCGGCGGCCUUCUGACAGUGGGCCGCCCGCUGAGCGCUCCCCCUGCCGCGGCCAAGUCUGCAUUUCUGAUCUCCGGAUUCCACUCAUGUGGAAGGACACAGAAUAUUUCAAGAACAAAGGCGACCUGCACCGUUGGGCUGUGUUCUUGCUGCUGCAGAUAGGGGAACACAUUCAGGACACGGAGAUGAUCCUGGUGGACAGGACCCUCACAGACAUCUCCUUUCAGAACAACGUGCUCUUUGCCGAGGCAGGGCCAGACUUUGAACUGCGGCUGGAGCUGUAUGGGGCCUGCGUGGAAGAGGAGGGGGCCCUGGCUGGAGCCCCCAAGAGGCUUGCCACCAAACUCAGCAGCUCCCUGGGCCGCUCCUCGGGGAGGCGUGUGCGGGCAUCACUGGAGACAGUUGGGGGCUCAGGGAGCAGUCCCAUCUUGCUCCCCACCCCGGCUGUUGGUGGUCCUCGUUACCACCUCUUGGCUCAUACCACACUCACCCUGGCAGCAGUGCAAGAUGGGUUCCGCACACAUGACCUGACCCUCGCCAGUCAUGAGGAGAACCCCGCCUGGCUGCCCCUUUAUGGUAGCGUGUGUUGCCGUCUGGUGGCUCAGCCUUUCUGCAUGACUCAGCCUACUUCAAGUGGUAUCCUCAAGGUGCAGCAAGCUGGGGAGCUGCAGGACUGGGUGCGAGUGCAUGGAGUCUUGAAAGGCACAAACCUCUUCUGUUACCGGCAACCUGAAGACACAGACACUGGGGAGGAGCCGCUGUUUACUAUUGCGAUCAACAAGAGGCAGGUCCGAGACCGCGGGGUGACCCGAUCCAAGGCGGAAAAGGCGCGGCCGCCUACGGUUCCGGUGCCGCAGGUGGAUAUAGUGCCUGGGCGGCUCACUGAGGCCGAGUGGAUGGCGCUCACGGCUCUCGAAGAGGGCGAGGAAGUGGUGGGGGACAUCUUGGCUGAUCUGCUGGCCCGAGUCACGGACUCUGCCUUUAAAGUCUACCUGACCCAGCAGUGCAUUCCAUUCACCAUCAGUCAGGCACGGGAAGCCAUGCUGCAGAUCACCGAGUGGCGCUUCCUGGCCAGGGACGAGGGAGAAUCUGCAGUGGCAAAGGACCCCACAUGGGGCGAGGACGAGGAACCCUUGUCUUGCACGACGGACGCCUGGGCUCAGGGAUCCGUGCCCGUGCUGCACGCGCUGACCUCGGUGGGGCUGGAGGAGACCUUCCAAGGCGAAGUAAGCUCAGCCCCCAGCUACCUCCCAGCUGUCACCGCCGCCGCGUCUUCGAUCUCCUCAGGGCCUCACUGGACUGCUCCAACCUCCUCUCUACCCUUUCUGACAUCUCACCACUCACCCCUCACCCACCCUGGUGCAUUUCCCCAGGACCAAGAGAACGUGGACCAGAUCCCUUUAGGAAGAUCGUGGAUGGAUACAGGCUCUCAGGAGCGGUGGGAGCGUCCUCCUGAACUGAGAGUCACCCCGGGCCCCCUACCCACCCCGGUCCUGUUUCAGGAGACAGGGCCCAGGGGUCCUUUAGAGAAACUGGACGACCAGGCGAGGGGCCACCUGUUUGCUGUCGGAUCUUUGAACGCGAGCAGCCAACCGUCGGGAGAGAUGGCGCCCGCCGGCCGUCCCCACCCUUCUCUGGAGCUGUCCUUGGUAGCCAGCCCUCAGGCCUCUGUUGAGAGGGCACAGCCCCUCAGUCAGUUCCCGCUCGAGGACCUCUACUAUUCCCCGCCGCAGCCGCACGCGGCUGGAGACCGGCCGGAGCUCAAGGAGGAGAAGGUGCCCCGCAUCCCCUCGGUCGUGUUGGUGUCCGGCCCCUCUGCGGGCGGCCCCACCGCGCUCAGCCCCGCCGGGGGUUUCCAGCCGCAGCAGGCCGGGCGCGCCGAUGCGCGGCCCAGCGCGCUUCACUACAGAAUGGGCCGCAAGGCGGCGAUGGCGCGCCUGGACCCGGCGCGGCUGCCGCGCCACUGGGUGCGCCCGCUGGCGGAGGUUCUGGUCCCAGACUCCGAGGCGCGCCCCCUGGAAGCCUACCGCGGGCGCCAGCGGGGCGAGAAGACCGAGGGCCCAGCCGGACCGCAAGCCUCCUGCCCCAGCGUCCGCGUCUCCCCGUCCGCGGGAUUCUUCGCUAUCCCGCCUGGCGUUCCUUUCCGAGACUUGGGCCCCGGCCCCAGCCUCCAAUUCCCUACUUUAAGUUUAGGCCUACUGUCGCCAGGUUUUGGUUCAAAGCUGCCCUUCCCCAGUCCGGGGCUCCGUUUUGUCGUCACACACCCGGCGCGCCCCGACGUGGCCCGCAGCCUCAGCCCCAGGCUAUGGCCGGGUGCCAAGUGGCCCAGCGGCUGGGAGGGGCAGGCCGAGUUGCUGGGUGAGCUGUGGGCUGGCCGCACCCGCGUACCUCUGCAGGGCCUGGACCCUGGGGACGGGGAGAGCCAGGAUCCUCACAAGUGGCUUCAUCCCGUGGCCCGAGUUCUCGAGGCCACGUCCCAGGUGAUGUGGAAGCCCGUGUUGCUGCCGGAAGCACUGAAGCUGGCUCCUGGUGUGAGCAUGUGGAACCCAACCACCCAGGUGCUGCUCAGCUCUGCUGAACCUCAAAAGGAGGACAAAGAAGGCAGCACCUCUCCUCCAUCCACACAGGCGCCCCGAAGCCCCAGGUGACCGUGGCACAGCUAAUGAAGAACUCAACCCCCAAAAUGUGGUCACUCCCCUCCAAGCACCUGCCCCAUUCUGAGCCCUGAACCUCAGGCAGUGUGAAACCUACCUUCCUUCUGUCUGCU